UGGGUCCGACGCUUCAUCAAGAAACACGAGGAACAAAUUGCAUCACGAAGGCCAUCAACCAUCGAUCCCAUGCGAGCUCAAGCUUUCAACCAACCUGUCGUGCAGGACUUUUUCAAGCAGUUUGAGGCAGUGAUUAAGGAACAUGACAUACCUUGGGAGAACAUCUACAAUAUGGAUGAGAAGGGGAUUCAACUUGGAGGCGGUCAAAAUUCUAAUGGCCGCCGUUUUUUUUUCUCUCGUUUCAAUCAUCAAAAUUACACAAUUCAUGGGGGUAGUCUGGAGUUGGUUACAGUAAUAGAGUGUAUCUCCGCUGUUGGCGCAAACAUACUCCCUGGCUUUAUUUUUGCAGGGACGAUCAUUGAUGCGGAGUCGUAUGAAGUUCACCCUGAAAUUUUUUAUACUACGUCAAUUAACGGAUGGACUAACGACUUUUUAUGCACAGAGUGGUUUAGAAAAUCAUUCAUUCCUCAAUCUCGUGCUCAAAACAAGUCCGGCAAGCCUACUCUUCUUGUCUACAAUGGUCAUGGAUCGCAUCUGAUGACUACCAUGAUUGAUCUUGCUAUUGAGAAUCAAAUUCGUCUUCUCUGCCUCCCUCCGCACACUACUCACCGCUUACAGCCUCUUGAUGUUGGUGUUUAUGGUCCCCUGCAGAAAGCCUGG